UGCGUCCACGCCCUCAUCUCUUCACAUCUUUUUUCCCAUAUAAAUCUGACAUUUUCUAUUGUUUUUCAUCACUUCAUCACCUAUCACCAUUGCUUCAUCCUUCUUGUUCACUUAUUUUUUAUUCUUCCUGAUUUAUUUCACUAGAUAUCUCAUCUCAUCCAUUUCUUUUGCCCUUUUUUAACUUUUGUCUUGUCUUUGAUUUUUCCCCCCUUAUUUUUAACUCUGAUCCACGACUUGUUCCCUUUUUUUCCACUAUUUUUUUUAUUUUUCGUUCUUGUUUUUUUUGACAAACAAUCAACAAAAUCACACAACAUUAAAUCUCAUUAAUCAUCCAUUCAUCUGUCUAUCCAUCUAUCUAUCCAUCUAAUCUACUAAUCUAUCAUCUCUUUAUUUUUACCUAUUCAUUGUUUUUCUCCUUUUCUUUAAUCUCUCAAAAUGUCAGGUCUUUUAAUCUCCUCCCUGUCUUUUGAUUCAGAUAAUAAUAAAAAAAGAAAGAGAUCCCUAUCAAUAACCAAUCAAUCAAUCAACAACAUCAACAUUAAUAAUAUUAACAAUAGUAUCAACAAUACCAUUAACAAAAACAUUAGUAAUAACUCGUUGUUGAAAAAUUAUAAAAAAAUUAAAUCAAACAGUCAAAACUCUUCUAACACUUCUCCUAUUUCCAAUUCUUUAUUGCCCACUCCUCCAAACUCUUCUUCAUCUUCUUCAAUCUCAAAUCUUGCAAAAAAUAACAUCAACAAUAAUGAUAAUGAUAAUGAUAAUGACAACGAAAACGAAAACGACCAGGAUCAUGACAAUGAUGACACAAUCUCAAUCACUGACUCUCUUCAAUCCUCCCAAAAAUCGCUUUCUUCCUCUCCAAUAAAACAAAAAUUGUCUCUAGAAUCUUUAAACUCCGUCUUUUCAAAAGACGAUUACGACCCAUUCACCCUCAACUAUUCUCUCAAUUACCUAGACACUCUUCCCUCCAAAUCUUUCCUAUCCAAAGUAAACUCUCUCAAUUACAGCUCAAAAUUUAACUUUUCCUCAAUCAACAACAAUAAUAAUAACAACAACAAUAAUAACAACAAUUACCUCAACAACAACAUUAAUAACUACCAAUCCCAAUACCACUACUCAAAUUGGACCCUUUCCUUUGAAAGAUGGUUGGAGAAAAAAGACUCAAGCACUUAUAAAAAUCUAAAAUAUUCAAUCAAUAAUUUAGACAACAUCAACUCAAAUCCACUCAUUCACACGGUUGACAAUAACAUGGACAUUGAUAAUGAAACCAUUAACAACGACAAUAUCAAUAAUUAUCAACACAAUAAUUGUGAUAAUCAUGACAAUAAUAAUAUUACUAAUAUUAGUACUAUUACUGAUAAUAAUAAUAAUAAUAAUACUAGUAUUGAUAAUAAUAUUACUACUACUACUAAUAAUAAUAAUAAUAACAAUAACAAUAACAAUAACAAUAAUGAUAUUAACAAAAUUGAUAUUGAAAUUGAAAAUCAUCACAACCACAACAAUCAUGACAAUAUCCAUGAUAUCCCUCACGAUUUUGACACUGAAAACGAUUUAACCAUUUCGGAUGACACAUUCACAACUGUCUCACAAUCAUCCCUAAACCCUACAAACUCUUCUUCCUCAACCCUAUCUCCAUCCACUUCCUCGUUCACAACUUCCUCGUCCACUUCUACUUCUUCAAAAUCUUCUAAAAAUAAAAACAAAAAAAACAUAAAAAACAAAUCAAAAAAUAAAAACAAAAACAAAAAUAAAAAUAAAAAUAAAAAAUCACAAUCCUCAUCCUCUAACCAAUCGGUAACUCCGACUCCAUCAAAUCAAUCCCAACCCCAACCCCAAUCUCAAUCCCAAUCUCAACCCCAAGCACAAUCACCUAAAUCAUCCAAAAGAUCCUCCCUCAGAGAAAAAAUCAACUCCUAUCUAAUCAAAAAACCUAAAUUCAAUACAAAAAUCUCUAAAAAGUUCAAAUCUUCAAACAACUUUUUCUCAAAAUUGCUUAUCAACAGCAAUCACAAGCAAUCUCCUUCCACUUCAUCAUCCUCAUCAUCAUCAUCCAUCCCUUCCUCAUCUUCAUCUUCCCAUUCAUCUCCAUCAAAAUCGAACAAACAUUUGUCUCCCUCUUCAACAACCCCUUCUUCUGUUGUUUCUCCAAACAGAUCUCCUUCUAUUUCCCAUUCUUCAAACACUUCAUCUCCUAUCGUUCAUCCAAAUAAUGACUUUAUAAUCAACAACCAAAACUUGUCCUCAAUCUCAACUAAAUCUUUUCAACAUUUAAACCUAAACCAUCAUUCCUCUUUAAGAUCUAUAUCCUCAACCCUUUUGACACCACCUACUAAAGACGAAAUUAAUUACGCCUACAUUAAUAACAAUAACCAAUCGAUAAUUAAUAACAUCAAUCAAAGAUCAGUCUCAAAUUCAACUACAUCCUCUUUAUCUUCAACUACCUCUGCAUCUUCAACUUUAUCUGAUCAAUCCUCAAUAUCCUCGGUUUCUUCAAAUGGUUCAACCAUUCCAACCUCUGAUAUCUCUUCUCCCUUUAUAAAUUAUAAAGGUUUAUCAACUGAUAACACCAACAACGUUAUUAAUCAUAAUCAUAAUCCUAAUCCUAAUCUCAAUCCUAAUAUUAAUAUUAAUAAUAAUUUUAAAAUUCCCUCAACUUCAUCAACUUCAUCAGCUUUCGCUAACAAUAUUUUACCCCCACUUAAUUUUCCUUAUGAGUCAAACUACAUUUAUGCUAAUAACAUUAAUGAUGUUCUAACUUAUCAUAAAUACCAAAAUAAUGAUACCUCAUUCCAUACAAGAUCGGAAUCAUUAUCAAACUCUUAUUUGACCUCUAAUGAUUUGGCUUAUAACCCAAAUUUUAAAUCAAACAUUAAUCCCCCAACACUAAUUUCCUCAACUCCAAUUACUUUCAAAAAGAAAGCUUCAAAUACAUCUUUGAAUAGCUCAAUUGAUAGUAACAGUAUCAAUUAUAAUAAUAUUAAUAUUAAUAAUAAUAUAUCUACUGCUAAUUCCUCUAAUACUAACACCACCAACACUAGUGUUACUAACAUCAACAUUAACUCUUCAACUCAAUCUUCUACAUCUACAACUAAUGCCCGUUCCCAUUCUCAUCACCACACAAAAAGAAGUUGUGUAUCUUGUGGUUCAUCCCAAUCACCAUGUUGGAGACCUUCUUGGUCAUUAUCUGCUGGUCAGUUAUGCAACUCUUGUGGUUUAAGAUACAAAAAAACUGGUGUUAGAUGCAUCAAUCCUACUUGUUUGAGAAUACCCGCAAAGAGCGAGUGGAAUUUAAUUAGAAGUAAAGCAAAUAAUUUAAGAAAAGACUUUAAAUGUUUAAAUUGUGGUUAUGACGUUGAAGUCUAUGGAAAACUUGAUUAGGUUUUUACAGAUUUUUCAACUUCAAUUUCAAUUUUAUUUUUGGUUUAUAUUGAUCUUUUCAAAUCCGAAUUUUUUUGUUUGUCAAUUGAUCAAACGAUCAAUCGAUUGAUUUUUUUAUUUAU